AUGGCGACAGCAAACGGAGCAGUCAAGCUGGGAAUCCAGAGCCCAUCGACAGACAAGGCACCUAAAGGUACAGCAGGUGAGGGACCCCCGGCUACGGAGAAAGAGCCUGGUCCACCAGAUCCAAAGAAAGGUCCUGGGCCGCCAGAUGGGAAGAAAGAACCUGGCCCCUCAAACCCAAAGGAAGAAACCAGUCCCCCGGAUGCAAAGAAAAAACCUGGGCCCCCAGACCCAAAGAAAGAACCUGUUCCACCCACCCUGAAGAAAGACGCCAAAGCCGAUGCCUUAGAGAAAGGGGACGGGUCCCCGGCCCAACCCUCAACGAGCAGCCAGGGCCCCGAGGGAGAAGGCGACCUGGGUGGGGGCCCCGCGGAGGGCAGCGCUGGGCAGGCAGCAGCCCUGCCCCAGCAGACCGCGACAGCGGAGGCCAGUGUCAAGAAGCCCAAGGCCAAGCAGGAGACCUCAGGCAGCCAGGGCCCCGGAGAGCCCAAGGUACACAAGAAGGCAGCCGAGGGCCAAGCAGGGGCCAGGAGGGGCUCCCCAGCCUUUCUGCACAGCCCGAGCUGUCCUGCCAUCAUCUCCAGGCCCGAGAAGCUGCCGGCUGAGAAACCCCCAAAUGAGGCAUCAGAGCUCAUCUUUGAAGGGGUGCCUGUGAGCCCCGGCCCCGCGGAUCCCGGGCCAGCCACGGUGGCAGAAGGAGGGAAGGACAUCCCGGCAGGCAGCCAGAAGGAAGCAGGAGAGAAGGCUCCAGGCCAGGAUGGCCAGGCUAAGGUGCAAGGGGACACCUCAAGGGGGAUCGAGUUCCAGGCUGUUCCCUCGGAGAAAUCGGAGGUGGGGCAGGCCCUUGGUCCCACAGCCAAGGAAGAGGACUGCUUCCAGAUUUUGGAUGACUGUCCGCCACCCCCAGCCCCCUUUCCCCACCGCAUCGUGGAGCUGAGGCCUGGGAACAUCCACAGUCAAUUCAGCCUGAACUCCAAGGAGGCGCUGGGCGGCGGCAAGUUUGGAGCAGUCUGUACCUGCACGGAGAAAGCCACGGGCCUCAAGCUGGCAGCCAAGGUCAUCAAGAAACAGACGCCCAAAGACAAGGAAAUGGUGAUGCUUGAGAUCGAGGUUAUGAACCAGCUGAAUCACCGCAACCUGAUCCAGCUCUACGCGGCCAUUGAGACCUCGCACGAGAUCGUCCUGUUCAUGGAGUACAUCGAGGGCGGCGAGCUCUUCGAGAGGAUUGUGGAUGAGGACUAUCAGCUGACUGAGGUGGACACCAUGGUGUUUGUCAGGCAGAUCUGUGAUGGGAUCCUCUUCAUGCACAAGAUGCGGGUUCUGCACCUGGACCUCAAGCCAGAGAACAUCCUGUGUGUCAACACCACGGGCCAUUUGGUGAAGAUCAUUGACUUUGGCCUGGCACGGAGGUAUAAUCCCAACGAGAAGCUGAAGGUGAAUUUUGGGACCCCAGAGUUUCUGUCACCUGAGGUGGUGAAUUAUGACCAAAUCUCCGAUAAGACAGACAUGUGGAGUAUGGGGGUCAUCACCUAUAUGCUGUUGAGUGGCCUCUCCCCCUUCCUGGGAGACGAUGACACAGAGACCCUAAACAACGUUCUCUCUGCCAACUGGUACUUUGACGAGGAGACCUUUGAGGCCGUGUCUGAUGAGGCCAAAGACUUUGUCUCCAACCUCAUUGUCAAGGACCAGAGGGCCCGGAUGAGCGCUGCCCAGUGCCUCGCCCACCCCUGGCUCAACAACCUGGCAGAGAAAGCCAAGCGCUGUAACCGCCGCCUCAAGUCCCAGAUCUUGCUUAAGAAAUACCUCAUGAAGAGGCGCUGGAAGAACCCCCAUCCCCAGCAGCCUCGCAGGAAAAAGCUUCUCAUCCUAGGGGCCAUCCUGGUGGAGAGAGUGAAUCCAUGGCUCUUUGAGGCCUGCCAGCUGGAGCCAGGGCCAGGGCCAAGGCUCUGGUCUGUGAUUCUUCAAGUCCCGGGUGCCAGCUUGGCCUUGAAUUCCACUGGCCACCUUGGACCCAACAGGGCAGUGGUGGGAAAAGAUUUAGCCAGUGACGGGGUUGCCCGAGGGUGUGAAGCGGCCAGCGUUGGCCUGAAGGAGGUGCCUACCUGCGCCGAGCUCCCAUUCGUGCAGCUGCCCACACACCUGUUCCUUUCGGCACGUUAA